GGACUCCGGGCAGAGGCACAUCGGGCUGGACUCCGGGCAGAGGCACAUCGGGCUGGACUCCGGGCAGAGGCACAUCGGGCAGAGGCACACCGGGCAGAGGCACAUCGGGCUGGACUCCGGGCAGAGGCACAUCGGGCUGGACUCCGGGCAGAGGCACAUCGGGCUGGACUCCGGGCAGAGGCACAUCGGGCAGGACUCCGGGCAGAGGCACCAGGCGAAGCAGCAGGCAGCGGGCCACCAGGCGGAGCAGCGGGCACCGGGCCCCCGGGCGGGGCGACAGGCACCGGGCCCCCGGGCGGGGGUGACAGGCAUCGGGUCCCCAGGCGGGGCGACCGGCAUCGGGCCCCCAGGCGGGGCGACAGGCAUCGGGCCCCCAGGCGGAGCGGCGGGCGCCGGGCCCCCAGGCGGGGCGACAGGCAUCGGGCCCCCAGGCGGGGCGACCGGCAUCGGGUCCCCAGGCGGGGCAACAGGCAUCAGGCCCCCAGGCGGGGCGACAGGCAUCGGGCCCCCCAGGCGGGGCGACCGGCAUCAGGUCCCCAGGCGGGGCGA